AUGUCCGUCCUUGACGCUUUGAAAGGCGUCCUCAAACUCGCCCUCAUCCACGACGGCCUCGCCCGUGGCCUCCGCGAAGCCUCCAAGGCGCUCGACCGCCGCCAGGCGCACAUGUGCGUCCUCAACGAGGCCUGCGAGGAGGAAGCGUACAAGAAACUCGUCAUUGCGCUGUGCUCGGAGCACAAGAUCCCGCUGAUCAAGGUCCCCGACGGCAAGAUGCUCGGCGAGUGGGCCGGCUUGUGCGUCUUGGACAGAGAGGGCAACGCCCGCAAGGUGGUCAACUGCAGCUGCGUCGUGGUUAGGGACUGGGGCGAGGAGAGCCAGGAGCGUAAUGUCCUCUUGAACUAUUUCCAGACCGAGCAGUGA